AUGGCAGACCCAAAGCCUGUCGCCGAGAUGACGUCCUCCUUCAACGAGAUGAAAAUCGAUCGCGAGAAUUCAACCUCUGCACCCUCCCCAGCUCUUCCUGCCGCCGCCCAUGCGACCCAGAGCACCGAACACAUCUCGGAACGCGCGGUGCGCAAAGCGAGGGGACGUCGUGGCCUUGCGAAGAUGAUUCAGAACCGCGAGAAAGGACUGAGCGCCGCCGCUAUCCGUACUCCUCGCCCCGAAAUGAACUCACACGAAAAGCGGGAGAACGCGCUCUCCCGUCUAAGCCAGACGAUCAAAAACACUUUCAGCGCCGGCUUCUACUUCGGAAACGCCAGACCCCUCGAAGCAGGUGUUUCUGACAACCUCUGCCGCAGUCUCGGCCUGGAUGGCCUGCAGAGCGACCAAGGCAGUCUUGCAAAAUUUGCUCGCACUCUGAUGAGCGAGGCCAAUAACCUCAAGUACAGCUACAGCAGACAUAGCCAAAACCUCGAUGGACGGCGCAAGGACUUCUUCGUCAAGCUCUCGAAGAGCUUGGUCACCAGGGUCGUCGGCGGAGGAACCUUGCAGAAGAACAUUAGGAAGAACCCGAUUCAUGCCUCGACUUGCGACGUGAUGCUGGAGGCGCUGGUUCAGGCAAGACUCGCCUAUCUUCGCAUGGAUAUCAAAGACGAUGGGGGAACGUCUGGAAGCGCGGAGGGUACCUACACGAGGAAGGCGACGAGCCUCGUCAAGGCUGUGGACGAGUGA